ACGAUCCCGCCACACCCUGCAUCCUUCUCUAUCAACCUCACUCCCACCUCACGUCCACAUGCGGAUGUGAGGGAACCAUGCGCUCGCAGGCUGUAUAAACUACAGCGGCUUCCAUAUCUGCCUUUUCUGCUAUUGUCUCGAAUGCAAGUAACAGGUUCCCCGCUGCGAGAUGCGCCUCGGAGGACCUCCUCACUCGAGCCUCCCUCUCCGCUUAUCGCGCAUCGCGCAUCGCAAUAUAAGCAUUAUUAGAUGACAAUAUUGUCGCGUUCAGUUUCGCGUAUAGCUGACUCGCAUUUUCCCCCUGAUUCCCAAAUUUAUUCCCUGUGACCUUCCUGCUUUGUCCACUAGACUCGCAUUCGAUCCCGCAUCAUGGCUUCGCAAGCCGCUAUGCUCUUAGACCCGAGGUCUUAUAGGAAACAAAUGUCCUCCAAAGACUUGAAUCAACAAGAGAAGGCUACUUCUAACUCCGCAACACCUGUGCAAAUGUCUUCGCCGACGAGAUCCAAACUCUCCUCGUCUCUACAGAAUGAUCGCCAGCCAGAGAUAGACGAUGAAUCUAAGGGAUUCUCAGCUACUAGUAAAGAUAUAGCGAUCCAGUUUGUCAAGGGCGAUGAAUCGUCUAGUGGCGAAGAUGAAGAUAUUUCCAACAAGCGAUCCAGGCCGGAGAAUGAAAUGGGAACUAAACAUAAAUCGUUUAUCGAAGAUAUUUACAAUGUUGAACGGCGCGAGGAUCAGCCAAAGAAGCGAAUCAAGGUAGCUGGUGACGAAAAGCCUAUAAACAAGACCAAACCCCAUUUCCAUAUAUCUGGAAGCAGCGGACUGGGCGAAUACAUGAAAAAUGACGAGCAGUCAUCGAAAACAACUACGCAGAUAGUUGAUCUUACAACUGAACCCACAGCCACGCCUACAACAGAGGACGAUGAUGUGGAAGUUACAGGCUCGAUCGAUCUGAGUACCCAGAAGGUUUGCUAUGGCAAAGUCGACAAUACAAUGGUGCAAGCACACUUGGUUCCCAAACCAGCAACAAAUAACUUCUUUGCCGACUGGACUCGUGAUUGGCCUACCAUCAAGCUCGGCAUUCGUCACCAACCUGGACAAGGGAAUCGAAUCGACGUGAGCGACCCGCAUGGACGAGUCUUUGGCGCAAUCGAUGCGAGGACGGCAGCUGCACUUGUUCCUUUAUUGGACAGCCCUGCCCUCGGGGUUAGCAUAACUGCCCGUUUAGAAAUUCGGCGGCGGCAACAGGAUGAAGUAGAGUGGGAACGCUGUUCUGCGCAAUAUCGGGCUUCGGUCAAUUUAUAUGGAAUGAGAAAGGAUGCUGUAAAAGUAGGUGAUUUCUUGGGCCGGGCUAAUGUCUGGCUGGGCACUCCAUCGAUGGUAGAGCAAGGUGUCCCUGUCUUCAAUCCACAUACAGAAAGAAGACGUAUGCAGCCCAACUUUGGACCAUCUCCUACCCCACGAUCGCGAGUAACUACCGCAUACGAGGUCCGCACUGCAGAAGAAGUGAAUGAUGCAGUUAUGAAGAUGUUUGAUCAACUUAAAAGUGCCGAAAAUAUACCCGAGAUGGAAGCGUCUCCAUUGAUUCGCACGCCACUGCUUCGCCACCAAAAACAAGCCCUUUGGUUUAUGGUCGAAAAGGAAAAGGAUCGCAAAUACGGUCCUAAUGAAAAUGACAACAAUUCUCUAUGGCGAGUUUUUCACACCUCAAAUGGCACGAAAAAAUUCCGUGAGAUCAUCAGCGGAACCGUUCUUAACGAAGAACCUCCUCAGACAUAUGGAGGCCUUCUGGCUGAUAUGAUGGGACUGGGUAAAACGCUAAGUAUCUUGUCCCUCGUCGUUGAGACUUUAGAACAGUCGCGAGUAUGGGAGCAAGGGUCACCGCAUCCGGAAAUUGUACGCCACAACCCUGGCAUUCGUAACACAAGAACAACGCUUCUUGUUUGCCCUCUUAGCACAGUCAGCAAUUGGGUUUCUCAAGUCAAGGGUCACCUAAAGGAGGAUGCAGUUUCCUUUUAUGUCUUCCAUGGGUCUUCAAGGACGACUAAUAUUGACGAACUUCGUCAAUAUGAUUUGGUGAUUACAACCUACAGCACUAUUCUUAGUGAGAUUCGUGGUCGUGGUUCCAAGCGCGGCACUAGUCCCCUCCUCAGAAUGAACAUGUUUCGUAUUGUUCUGGACGAAGCCCAUGUUAUUCGUGAGCAAAGCGCGGCACAGAGCCAAGCAAUUUUUAAAUUGAAUGGACAGCGUCGUUGGUCUGUAACUGGAACACCCGUUCAAAACCGUCUUGAAGACCUUGCAUCGGUGACCAGAUUUUUAAGACUCUCUCCUUAUGAUGAAAAGUCUAAGUUUUCUGCCUUCAUUCUUAGUCGCUUCAAGAUAGGAGACCCCACUGUCUUUGCAAGUCUACGUGUGCUUGUCGACUCAUUUACUCUACGACGUGUGAAAGACAAAAUUGACCUCACUGCUCGUCAGGACAAUAUUGUUAUGUUGGAAUUCUCUGAGCAAGAAGCACAGCUUCAUGAGUUCUUCCGUAAAGAGUCUGACCUGAUGAUGAAGGUUAUCGCAAAUGAAAGCAAGGGCACUAUGGGAGGCCGAAUGUAUCACCAUGUACUCAAGGCAAUGAUGCUCUUACGCCAAGUCAGCGCUCAUGGUAAAGAAUUACUUGAUAAGGAAGAUCGAGAACGGCUGAAGGGAAUGAGUGUUCAUGACGCCAUCGACCUCGAAGAGGGAGAAGGAGACGAACAAACCGGUGCUAUCGAUCGAAAGGCUUACGAGAUGUUCAGACUCAUGGAAGAUUCUUCUGCUGCAUUUUGUGCCGUAUGCAAUAAACAGCUGGUGGAUAAUUCUGCGGAUUCCAACACGGCAGACCCGAAAGCAUUGAUGGCGGUGAUGCUCCCAUGUUUUGAUGUGCUUUGCGUAGAUUGUUUUGCUCCUGUCAAAGCUAGUUUCGUUAUGCAACCGGAGUUCUCAUCUGAACAAACACGGUGCAAUGUGUGUGAAGGGUGGAUACCAAUGACUUAUUCUGCAAUUACUGCUGCCGGCCUUGAGCAGUACACAGAGAGCCGUGCCGAAUCAAAGAACAGCCGCAAAAAGGCAAAACUGCUUGGAGAAUAUGAAGGACCACACACGAAAACUAAAGCGCUUAUCUCCCAUUUACAAAACACGGCCGAGGAGAGUGCUCAACUUGUGGGCCAGCCCCCUAUCAAAAGUGUGGUGUUCUCUGCGUGGACAUCGCAUCUAGAUCUUAUUGAGAUCGCAUUGAAAGAUAAUGGCCUACAGGGAUUUACUCGGAUAGAUGGAGGAAUGUCCCUUGCAGCCCGCAAUCAGGCAUUAGACACUUUUGCCAAAGACAAUAGUGUUACGAUUCUCCUAGCAACCAUCGGAGCAGGAGGUGUUGGCUUGAACCUUACAAGUGCAUCUCGCGUCUACGUUAUGGAGCCACAAUACAACCCUGCUGCAGUUGCUCAAGCUAUCGACCGUGUUCACCGUCUGGGCCAAACUCGUGACGUAGUCACGGUUCAGUUUCUUAUGAAAGCCAGCAUUGAAGAAAAAAUCUUCGAAAUGGCUAAAAAGAAACAGCAACUGGCCGAUGAUAGUAUGGCUCGUGGCAAGCUUGACAAGCGUGAAGUACAAGAAGCAAGAAUGCAAGCCUAUAGAAGUCUGUUCAGAUGAAUGGUAACUUUCAUCCGCGAUUGCAAAUUGCAUACUCAGAGGAAGCUUUUCAAUUAUUAUAAAUUUGGGUUGACUUUUUCUUUUUCCUUUUCGGCGUCAAUGGACUUGCAUUGAAUACCCUGGCGCUCUCGACUUUAUUUCACUGAUUUUCCAAUUUCUUGAACCAUGCUAUUGCCAGCAUGGUCUACUACAUCACUCCGUCAUGGACCAUUCAUGAAACAGACACGGUUUGACUGUGUCUCUCGCAUAACAUUACUGAUUAUCUUACGGCAUCUUUUUUAUUUAGAUCGUCAUAUUUUUCCCAUCUACUCAUUCAAUGAAUAAGAGCCGGCUGAUUGAUAUAUACCGUCAUCAUACAAGGCAUGGGCUCGAGUCCACCAGAUGGUUCACACAGAGAGUGUUCAGUUUAAUUAGACUUUCCGCAAGAAUAUCACAACUUUCUAACAUAACUAUA